AGCCGUUGCCAUAGGAACCCGCCGCCUGCUCCGGCGCAGCAGCUGAAGCUGAGCUGCAUCCCGCCCCGGCUGUCCCGAGAGCCGUGCUGCCGGGCCCGGCCCGCAGAGCGGGCGGGCGCGGCCUCCUAAGCCACGAGGGAGAGGACCAGCGCGAAGUGGCUGCCGCCCCGUCCCUGGCCGCCCCCGCCCCCGCGCCGUUCGCCCUCCGCGCCUCCGCACUCGGGCCCGCGCCUGCUUUCUAUCCCGCCGCGGCCGGGGCGCGCUUCGUCGCCGCCACAGCAGCCGUUGCCUCGACCUCCGCCUCCGCUCCGGCCGCGACCCCAACCGGGACCGCGACCUGAGUCCCCGCCCCGCCCCCGCCCGUCCACCCGCCCCCGGGCCAACUUCUGCCCAGGCCGGGACCCCGGUGCCAGCCUCCCCGAGGCCCAGCCGUGGGGACCAUGCUGCCUAGCUCCAUCCAGAUUUCGGGGGAGCCGCUGUCAGGCGCCGAGGUGCGGGACAUCUGCCGCGGCCUGCGCGACAACGCGGUGCGCCUGCUCUCGCUGCGCGGCUGUCGCCUGUGCGACCGCGACUUCGGCCGCAUCUGCCGGGCCCUAGCUGGAGCUACGUCCCUGGCGCAGCUCAACCUUAACCUGGGCGUCGUGUCUAGCCCCGGCCGCAUCAAGCAGCUGGCAGAAGCGCUACGGACCAACCGCUCCAUCCAAUCCCUCUUCCUGCAUGGGAGCCCACUGACAGAUGCGGGACUGGCCUUGCUGAACCCAGCCCUGGCCCUCCACCCUGCCCUUGUGGCUCUUGACCUGGGGGACUGCAUGUUGGGUGAUGAAGCCAUCAACCUCAUCUGUGGCCUCCUCCCUCCAGACGGGGCCAAGUCUGGUCUGAAGGAGCUAACCCUGAGCGCCAACCCCGGCAUCACCCCUAAGGGUUGGAGCCGCCUCGCCAUUGCUGUGGCCCACAGCUCCCAAGUCCGCGUCCUCAACUUGGACUACAACCCCCUGGGUGACCAUGUGGCAGGGAUGCUGGCUGUAGCUGUGGCCUCAAGCCGUACCCUAGAAGUCCUAGACUUGGAGGGCACAGGCCUCACUAACCAGUCAGCUCAGACCCUGCUGGACAUGGUAGAAAAUUACCCAACAGCUUUGCGGAGCCUGGUGUUGGCUGAGAACAGCAUUAGCCCAGAGCUGCAACAGCAGAUCUGUGACCUCCUGUCUGAGGGGGAAGAAGAGGAAGAGAUGGCAGGAGGGGCUGCCGACACCCAGGAAUGGGGAAGAGGGCGGGAGCCUACUGCCCACCAGCGAAGUGGCAGCUCCUGGAUGUGCCCCAGUGAUCCCAGUUCUCAGAUGGUGCUAAUGACAUCAGGACUAGGGGACAGUCUAUUGGCUGAGACCGAGAUGUGACUCUUCACUUGGACUUCUGCACAUCAUUACAUUUGUCUGUGUCCCUACUACCUUCCUCCACAGGGCAGGGAAAGGCCCUGGCUGGGGCUCUGGCAGCUCCUGGUAGUGUACGAGGCUCUGGAAGCUGUCACUGGGCAACAGCCUUGAGGGGUGGCGGGGGGGACUUGAAUCCAGGGUACUGACUUUGAACUUGUUGGCAGCUCUGGCUGCAACCCGCUGGCUCGGAACAGAUUUUAUAAACUCCACAACCCGA